AAAACAAACUCUAAGGAAUAGUAUUAACUUUUUCAUUAUUAGUCCCACUCAUGUAAAUCUAAGUAACAGCAGCUAGUCCCACUAAUCAAACUAGAUAUUUUACUUUCUUCGAAUCAAAUUACCAAAUUCUUUUUUUUUUAAAAUUAUAGCAAAAUACAGAAAAAAGAAAAUUGUUCUCUCCAUUUUAAAUUAGUUGCUAUAUUUUAUUAGUCAAUUCUAUUAAUUUUCAAAAUUAAGUUAAAUUCAAUUAAUUUUAUAUUUUAAAAUUAAAAAUUAUACAUUCAAAACUAUAAGGAAAGUACUACAAAUUUUAAGCUUUCUCAUACCAGUAUGGUAAGUAAUUAUAAAUUUCAAAUUUUCUUAUGCCAAUAUGGUAAGAAAAUAUUAGUGAAAGAUUAUAUUAUUUGAGUCUAAAAAAGUAUUUUAAUAAGUAAUUUAGAAUCGGAGAGAGUAAUAUGGUGGGAGGGGGGUUAGGGAAAAGAAAAGAGAGACCCCAGAAAUGGGUAUAAAAGGAGAGGGUGGUGAAGGCAUCCAAUUUAGCAAAAGAGGGAGAGGAAGCAAUCUCACUAGUUUCUUGGUUCUGCGUAAUCAUGAACAGCUAAUAAAAACACACCGAGAACAAAAAGGAGAAGACCUUUAUAACGUCCCCUUUUUAUUUUUUUGCUUUGCUUGCCUUGCUCUUUGUCCUCGUUCAUUUAUCUUUGAAUCCACCUUUUGGUUUUUCUUCAAUUUCGAUAUCUUUUUUCCUCUGCCUCUUGCUUUUUUACCUUCCUACCCACGUUAUACUCGCUACUCACUACUUUCACCACAUCUAUAUAUAAACCCUCUCUUUUGCUCCUUCAUAUAUCACUACUUCAUUCUAGCAUAUAUAGAGUAAAAAAGAAAAAUGGUGGAGAGUGGUGUAGUUGUUUCGAUAGUAGUAGUGAGAGAAUUUGAUGCAAAAAAAGACAGCAAAGAAGUUGAACAAGUUGAGCGAAGCUGCGAAGUUGGUCCCGGUGGUAAACUCUCUCUUUUCACCGACCUUUUAGGUGACCCAAUUUGCCGAGUUCGCCAUUCUCCUGCCUAUCUCAUGCUGGUUGCAGAGAUAGUGGUGCAUGAUGGGAUAACCGAAGAGAGAUCAAUAGUAGGGAUGAUAAGGGGUUGCAUCAAAACCGUUACGUGUGGAAAGAAAUUCUCAAGGAAUACUGUCAAAAACAGCGCUGAUUCCACUAAGCCACUUCCUAUUUUCACCAAACUCGCCUAUAUUUUAGGCCUUCGCGUUUCUCCUUCCCACCGGAGAAUGGGAAUUGCGUUAAAACUUGUGUGUCAAAUGGAGGAGUGGUUCAGAGCUAAUGGUGCUGAAUAUUCGUACAUAGCUACUGAAAAUGACAACCAAGCUUCUAUUAAGCUGUUCAAUCACAAAUGCGGUUACUCCAAGUUCCGUACGCCGUCCAUUUUGGUUCAACCCGUUUUCGCUCAUCGGGUUCGGGUAUCUUCUCGGGUCACUAUCAUCAAGCUCAACCCGAUUGACGCUGAAAUCCUAUACCGCCUCCGUUACUCCACCACUGAGUUCUUCCCCCGCGACAUUGAUUCAAUUCUCCAUAACCAACUCAAUCUGGGUACUUUUCUAGCUGUUCCAAACGGGCUUUACUCGGCCCGAACUUGUCCCGGUAUGGACCAAUUCUUAGCAAGCCCGCCCGAAUCGUGGGCCGUGCUGAGUGUGUGGAACUGUAAGGACGUGUUCAAUCUGGAGGUUCGGGGCGCAUCGCCAAUGGCGAAGUUUCUUGCUAAGACGACCCGUUUAGUGGACCGGGCUUUUCCAUGGCUUAAAGUGCCGUCAGUGCCGGAGGUAUUCAAGCCAUUUGGGCUUCACUUUUUAUAUGGGCUUGGUGGUGAAGGCCCAUUAGCAGUAAAAUUCAUGAAAUCCCUAUGUGAUUAUGCCCACAAUUUAGCGAAAGAGGCGGAGUGUAGCGUGGUGGCAACGGAAGUGGCAAGCAGGGAACCGUUGAGGUUAGCAAUCCCACACUGGAAGAAGCUAUCCUGCGCGGAGGAUUUAUGGUGCAUGAAACGACUUGGGGAAGACUAUAGUGACGGGUCUGUAGGUGACUGGACAAAAUCACAACCUGGUCUUUCUAUAUUUGUUGAUCCUAGAGAAGUCUAACUUUAUAAUAAUAGGGGCUCCAUGUCCUUUUAACAUUAGGGGACUAGUAGGGGAAUCUAAUUUUAGAAGUUCAAAGAUAAAAGCAGGUGGUAAAGUUGAUAUUUCCUUUUUGGUAGGUUCUGUUUCUUUUAUUUUAAUUUUUAUUUUUAUUUUAUUAUGUCAAGUCAGUUUAAACUUUUAAACUAGAUAUAAGUUGAACAAGAAUGAGAAAAUAUUGUUAGACUUUGUUUUAGACUUUGUUGUGUUGUUGGUAUUGCUGUAAAGGGGAGGGGGGAAUAUCCCACAUUUUAUGUAAAAUGGAUGUGGCUUUUUAGAUCCUCUUUCGGCCUAAGAGAAGAUGUAUCUAUUGUCAUAUGCUAGAUUUUAUCAUCUUUUGGGUUCUCUAUUCUCA